AUGGCGACUCUGGCGGAGAAGCUCGAGAAGAUCAAGUCUCCCAAGCUGCAGAAUCAGCACCAUACCGCUGUGGUACUCUCUGCAGUUGAAGAUACUCUUCGUGACCAAAAGGCAGAUUUUUCCUCUACUGCUUACUUUGCCGCUCUUCUUGCUCUGCUAUCACAGUCUCUUUCAGCCGAAGAAGGCAUCGUCAACAAGGAUUUGGCAACAUCCGUCGUCUACCUGCUUGAUAUCACCACCGCCUACGUCCCUGCCCCAAUUCUCCGCUCAAAAUUCUCACAAAUCCUCACCGGCCUCGCGCCCGCACUUUCUCUUCCGGAUGUCGAAGCUCCGCUCCUACGACCCUCCAUUGGCUGUCUUGAAUCGCUCCUGAUCGCUCAAGAUGCCGCGGCCUGGAACCUCCCACACACCGCAAUUGGCCCGCGCCGUGCAACGGCUGGUCUGCUGAGCCUCUCGGUUGACCACCGACCCAAGGUGCGGAAGGGCGCCCAGGAGUCUCUGAUCAAGGUCCUUAAGAACCCCCCGCCUAGCCCAUCGCUGGACCACCCGGCCGCCGACAUGUGCGCUGAGUCUGCUAUGAAGACUCUUGGCGACAGCAUUACUGCUGCUCACAAGCAAAAGAAGAAUCGCCAUGAUUCACAGAACCGUGAGAGUCACGAGCCUUUGAUUAUUCACUCUCUCCAGCUCGUUAAGACCAUUGCUACGGCCUCCGGUGGCUGGCCCAGCAAGAAGAUCGAGGCGCUCUGCGAGUUGCUGAUGAAUGCUUCGCGCUCCACUAACGAGUACAUCACUAUGGGCGCAUUCGAGGUUUUCGAGGUUAUCUUUGAGGGUAUGGCGGAUGAAUUCUCAUCUUCGAAGCUGCCUCGUCUUUUAGAGGCGAUCUCUGAACUCAAGCCCGCACAGAACGACUCACAGCUCCUCCCGCCUUGGAUUGCCGUUCUGUCUCGUGGUUAUGAUGUAUCUGCUCAGAUUUCCCCCGAAGACACAUUUGAGAAGCUCCCAGAACUGUUCCAGUUGAUCGCUGGAUUCUUAGCAUCGCCUUCGCAUAACAUCCGUGUGUCGGCGUCUGAGUGUCUGAUCUCAUUCCUACACAACUGUAUUCCCAAGAGUGUAAUCAUUGAGCCUUCUGUCUACGAUGAGAAGACUUUGGAGAAGCUCGCUCGCGCGGCAAAUGAUUUACUCUCUGUGAAGUACCAAGCUGCUUGGAUGGAGGUCUUCAACGUCUGCUCCGCCAUGUUCGACUGUUUCAAGUGGCGUUCCAGCCCCUUCCUUGUUGACAUUGUUCAAACUGUCGGCGAAUUACGCACCAACGAGUCAUUCCACGGCAAGAAGGAGGCUGAUGCAGUCCUCGGAAGUGCUAUCGAGGCCAUGGGACCUGCCGCUGUUCUCGAAAUCAUGCCCUUGAACAUCAUCCAACAAAGCAAUGGCCAACCUGGUCGUGUCUGGAUGUUGCCCAUUCUCCGUGAUAACGUCACUAACACCAACCUGGCACACUUCCGCUCCGAGUUCGUUCCCCUUAGUGAGGCGCUCUACUCUAGGAUGGUGGAUUUCCAGUCCGCCGAGAAGCACACGGAAGCAAAGAUUUUCGAAACACUGGUACAGCAAACUUGGGGAAUCCUUCCUGGUUACUGUGAACUGCCACUUGACGUGGUUGAGUCUUUCGACCAGGGCUUCGCUGAGCUGCUUUCCAACGUCCUGUACAAGCAGACUGAGCUGCGUGUUGAGAUCUGCCGUGCUCUGCAGAACUUGGUUGAGUCUAACCAGGCUAUUCUGUCUGUGGAGGCCGAGGAAGAUGACUUGAUCUUGCAGCGACGUAUCACCAAGGCCGCCGCCGCUAAGAACAUUGCGCAUUUGACUACUUUCGCCAGUAACUUACUGGCCGUGCUGUUCAACGUCUACAGCCAGACUCUCCCACACCACCGUGGAUACAUCCUCCAGUGCAUCAACGCCUACUUGAGCGUCACUCCUGAAAAUGAGCUCAAUGAGACAUUUACUCGUGUCACAAAGAUGCUCGAGGACUCUUUGGCUAUGGAGCAAAACAACCCCGUCAAGCCGGAUCCAUCCAACAAGAUGCCUCCAACCUCGCAUACAUUGAUUGACCUGGUUAUUGCUAUGUCUAUCUACUUGCCCCGUUCCAGCUUCGCCGGGCUUUUCGCUAUGGCGGCCGCUAUCCUGAACGGAUCUUCUCCCAACCCAGACCAGCAGCUCAUCAAGAAGGCUUACAAGCUGAUCCCGCGACUUGCCUCGACUGAGACUGGUAUUGAUGCCCUGAAGGAGCGUAGUGGCGAGCUGCAAGCAUUGUUGCUUGCAACAAUUGACAAGACUCCGGCCUCUGGACGCCGAGACCGUAUGCUUGCUAUUCACGAGUUGAUCACACAUCUCCCCACCUCUGAUCUGCACUUCAUCCCAGCUAUUCUGUCUGAAGUUGUCUUAGGAUGCAAGGAGAGCAACGAGAAGGCUCGUACGGCAGCCUUUGACCUGCUAAUCCAUCUUUCUCGCCGCACAAGUGACGACGAGCGCAACCCACCCGGCACUGUGAUCCGCAACUCCCUUGUCUCACACAUGCCAGAUGACUCUCCUGACGCCCCGGCUACAAUUGAAGAGUUCUUCACCAUGGUUUCCGCUGGUCUUGCCGGCUCUUCGCCCCACAUGGUGGCUGCCUCUAUCACAGCACUUUCCCGCCUCUUUUUCGAGUUCCACACACAGCUUCGCGACGAAAUUCUUACAGACCUUGUUCAAACUGUUGAGCUUUUCCUCACCAGCAACAACCGUGAGAUCGUCCGAUCCGUCCUCGGCUUCGUCAAGGUCGCCGUCGUCGUUCUUCCCGAUGAAACCCUGCGCCCUCGCCUGGCAACCCUCGUGCCCAACCUUAUGGCUUGGAACAAGGAACACAAGGGCCGUCUCCGCAGCAAGGUGAAGGGUAUCAUCGACCGACUGGUCCGUCGCUUCGGAGCUCCUCUUAUGGAGAAUCUUGUUGGUGAAGAAGACCGCAAGCUGGUGGUCAAUAUUCGCAAGCAGCGUGAACGCAACAAGCGCAAGAAGAAGGAAGGUGCCGCCGAAGGCUCCGACGACGAAGGGGGUGACUCCAAGCCAUCAGACCAGCAACCUGGCAACGCUUUUGAUAAGGCUGUUUACGGUUCUGACUCUUCUGAUGACGAGGGCUCUGAUGCUUCUGAUGACGGUGCUGACGAAAUUGAUGUCGACGGAGGCGCCGCUCGCAUCAAGGGUCGCGGCAAGAAGUCCCAACAGAACAGCCAGUACAUCCGCGAGCAAUCGCCUGAAGAUAACCCGCUGGAUCUCCUGGCACCUGAUGCUCUGGCCAACAUCUCUACCACAAAGCCUAGUCUGCGCUUCCUGAACACCGGACCUGGUUCUAAGAGAAAGCAUGCCGCCAAGUACGAUGCUGACGGAAAGCUCCUUCUGGGUGACGAUGCCGCCGUCGAGGAUGUUGAAAUGUCCGGUGCUGACAAUGGUGCUGGUGGUGUCAACGCCUACCUUGCUGCUGUGAGUGGACCAGAUGCCGUCCGCCGCGGACAAAAGGGCAAGGUAAAGUUUGGACAGGCAAAGAGGGGCGGUGAUGCCAUGGACCUUGACGAUGAGGAAGAGUCCGCUUUGAACGAAGAGAUGCGCAAUAAGGGCCCCAACACCGGCCGUCGUGGUCUUGGAGCACCUAAGACCCACGGUGCACCUGGCGGGGGACGUAUUGAGAAGAGCCGAUCCCCUGGUCGGGGCGGUGGCCGUGGCUUUGGUGGCCGUGGAGGUGAUCGUGGAGGAGGUGGCCGCGGCUUUGGUGGUCGUGGCGGAGGUGAUCGUGGAGGAGGUGGCCGCGGCUUUGGUGGUCGUGGCGGAGGUGAUCGUGGAGGAGGUGGCCGCGGCUUUGGUGGUCGUGGCGGAGGUGAUCGUGGAGGAGGUGGCCGCGGCUUUGGUGGUCGUGGUGGAGGUGAUCGUGGAGGUGGCCGCGGCUUUGGUGGUCGCGGUGGAGGUGAUCGUGGCUUUGGCGGCCGCGGUGGUGGUGGUCGCGGAUUUGGCGGCCGUGGAGGAGGUGACCGCGGAGGUGGUGGUCGUGGAUUUGGUGGACGUGGUGGCGGAGGUGGCCGUGGUGACAGACGCUAA